GUCAUCACUUCGAGUGUCCAGCUGUAGGCGCGGUAUAUGAAAGCACAAUGGUUUGGUUACCAUGCAUGGGGGCACGAGAUGAAGUGGAGGAGCAUUCAAAACAAAUAGACCGCGAGAUCAAACAAUGGAUCAAAUCUUAUAAUCAAGCUAUAAAACUGUUAUUACUGGGCACUGGUGAGAGUGGCAAAACAACGAUUAUAAAACAAAUGAAAAUUCUACACGUUCAAGGAUUUUGUGCUAGUGAACGAGCAGAGAAAGCCAACCUAAUUCGACAUAACAUACAUGAGUCCAUUCACGAUAUUGUAGAGAAUAUGAACAUCCUAAAUAUUCCACUACAAAAACCAAAGAACGAAUACUCAAGAGAAUAUAUUUUAAAACUAGGACCAGAGGGGCCCACUACAUAUACAGAAGAAUAUUUUGAUCACGUAAGAACAUUAUGGCGAGACGGAGGUGUUAGAGAAUGCUUUAGACGAUCAAAUGAAUAUCAACUCAUAGACAGCGCUGAAUAUUUCCUAGAUAGAAUAGAUCUCAUUGAAAAACCUGAUUAUAUACCGUCAGACGCGGACAUAUUGAGGUGCCGACAGAAAACUACUGGCAUACAGAAGAUUGAAUUCAAAGUUAAGGUACCAAAAUCAAUGCAUGGUGGCGUGCAAGAGUUUUGGAUGUUCGACGUCGGCGGCCAGAGGGGGGAGAGGAAGAAAUGGAUACAGGUAUUCGAAGGCAUCAACGCGAUCUGGUUCCUGGUGGCAUGCAGCGACUUCGACCAGACACUGCGCGAGGAUGCCACGCAGAACCGGCUGAAGGAGGCUCUGGCACUCUUUGAAGAUGUCUGGCAAAGCAGAUUCCUCCUCGAAGCCGGCUUAAUCCUGUUCCUGAACAAGCAAGACCUGCUGGAAAGCAAGGUAGCGCAGGGUCGCAGCAUCGCGCCUUACUUCCCCCAGUACAAUGACUUCGAGGCUGCCGGCGACGAGUACACCAGGACUAAGCUGUUCAUCAGGAGUCUUUUUGUGGACGUAAUAACGAAGAAACGCGAACGCCGUGCAUUAGACGCGUCGGCCGAGCGCUUCGUCAUCGCCGAAGCCAGGCGCCCGAGAGAGUGCUACUUCCAUUUCACGACGGCCACCGACACGGACAACGUCCGCACCGUAUUCCGAGACGUACAUCAAAUUAUACUCACGCAUAUGCUCAGUAAUUUAGGGGUUUACUGAUACAUGAUAAAUCUAUACUAAUAUUAUAAAGCUGAAGAGUUUGUUUGUUUGUUUGUUUGUUUGAACGCGCUAAUCUCCGGAACUACUGGUCCGAUUUGAAUAAUUCUUUUUGUGUUGAAUAGUGUAUUUAUCGAGGAAGGCUAUAAGCUAUAAAACAUCACGCUAUGACCAAUAGGAGCCAAGCAGAGCGGGUGAAACCGCGCGGAAGUAGCUAGUAGGUUAUAAAAUAACACUUUUACACAUCAAUAUUUCAAAUAGCUAGAUGAGGCCGGCAUUUCCUAUCCGACUACUCUGAGAAUAAAUGCCGAAACA